CGAAGUAAUCACCAGACUGGCGGAGGCUUAACCUGCAUUGAGGAUCCUAUUCAUGCGAUAAUACCAAUAUCAAGGCUCGGUAAUGACAUGAAAAUAAUUAGGAAAAUUGACGAAGGUGCUUUUGGAACUGUGUUACAAGUACACCACCAAAUAGAUAAGCAAUUUCAUGCUUUAAAAUGUAUUGAGUUAACUACGGAAGACAAAGAAAAAAGAAUCAAAAUAAUGCAAGAGGCCAAAACGCUAGCAGAGCUCAAACAUGAAAACUUGCUUCGUUAUGGUGACUCCUGGAUCAAUAUAUAUUACCCCUUGGAAGAUAUAUCAUGUUGUGAUAAUGAUAAUACUAGUUCAAGGACAUCACUCCUGUGCAUACUAACAGAAUUAUGUGACACCAAUCUAACUCGACUUAUUGAUGCCGACUUACACCUACAGCCUUCUAGAGCGAGGAGUAUUUUCUGGAAGAUAGCGGAAGGCCUGGCUUAUUUGCACGCCAGAGGCUUCAUUCACGGAGAUCUGAGGUCGGACAAUAUACUUGUCAAGAAAAAGGACUUAAACAAAAAAGGUGAUUGCGGAGUCUGUUUUCAAGGGUGCUACAGUUCUUUUCAGUUGCCGUGUAGACACAUCUGUUGUUCCCAUUGUGUUAAGGUAAUUGCAUUUGAAUCUAAGGAGUGUGCCAUAUGCCAGUUAAAGAUCCCUUUUGGUUAUUUUGAUAAUCCAGAAGCAAGUAUUGAUAAAGAAAACGAAGUGUACCAAUGGAAAUUUGCGGGAAAAAAGGGAUGGUAUCCAUACGGUGACCAACACAACGUCGCUUUAGAAAAUGCAUUUAACGAUGGAUAUCUAGAAUGCAGCGUAAGAAUUCAACACACCAUGUACCGAAUUAAUUUUCAAUACAUGGUACAAAUGCAAGAGACUGAUAGAACUAAGACUCGCAAAAUUAGGAGGGAACCACCUCCAUUGAUAGCCAAAGAUGAUGACACAGAUGACGUUAAGAUCGGAGAUUUUGGACUUACUAAGUUGACAUCGGAUAUAUUUACGGGUUAUACUCAAAAGGACGACAUCUACCGUCUAGGCGUGAUUUUGCUGGAUAUGUUCAUGUAUUCUAUAAUUGACAAGAAGCUAUGCAGUGGCUGGAAUGUGCGUCUAAAGAAGGAUACUGUUCUGCGGAACAAAGACCCGCAAAACAUGGCCUUAAUAUAUUUAUUAAGCCUUCUCCUGAAAGACGACCCUAACGACCGUCCGACCUGUGCCGAACUCCUGGGUCCAGUUAAAUUGGGGUUUGAACAGAAGCUAAGAUGGAGGAAACGCCAAGCCGUACAAUUACAAGAUGACAAUACGAAACGAAUGCGCGAAACCCAACUUCGAUAAGUUUCAUAUUGUUUUUAGUCUUCCAUAGUUAAAUUAACUUUAUAUUUUGCACUAUAUUCUUC